GAAGCAAGUACGGACAAUUAGAGGAGUGUAUGCUUUGAUGUGCGUCUUUGUGCCUCGUCACUGCGUCCGUCCGUACAGCCGCCCGGACGCCUCUAUGUACGUACGCAUCCCGAAGCAGACGGUCGCAUUAGAGUGUUGGGACACGGCAAGGACUGGAUCCCUCGUGAAGUAUCUGUUCUCGAUCUUCACUAGGUCAAGGGUCCAUGACUCCAUCAGCAUACAGACGAUAUGGCUUCGCUGCUGCCCUCGUACGCAGAGGCGACGACACGCCCCGACUGGGUGCCCGUGAUCGCACCGUACGUCGACUUCCCAGACUAUCACGCCCUGUGUCUCGUCAGCAGGCGAUUCUGGGCGACCUUUGCCCCGCGAUUGUGGAGGGACCUCCUCAUCUCUGUGCGCCGGGCUGGCGUUGAUCCGAGCGAUGAUCUGGUCUGGUGGUUUGAUUUCGUCUUUGUGCGUCUGCACCAUGUGCGGGCAUCGACCCGCCAGCUCGUGAGGGUACUCGAUAUGCGUCAUUUUGCCCAAGAUGCACACGACUUUGCAUCGGACGAGACGGAGAGAACACUGGGACGCAGCUUGGAGAAGGCGUUGGAGGGGCUGCCCAAUGUCGAGACCGUCUUGCUGGAUGGCCACGAGACCCUCGAUCCCAGGCUUCUGCAAAGUGAUAGCCACAACGGUCGUCUCAAGGUGCUCAGUGUGGCUGACCUGCCGUUCAAGUUGAUCCCAUCCGGGUUGGCUUUUGAGACAUUCAAAAAUUUGGUCUAUCUUGACGUAUCUGGCAUUCCUGGACCGGUAGUUGUGCAGCAUGAGAGCAAUUUCCUGCAGCGUGCUCACCAGCCACACCUACGCAUACUCAAGGUCCGUGGACGCGAAGUCGACAAUGCCGCGCUCACAAUACUCCUCCGUGGCUUUGGAAGACAGCUGUGGAGUUUGGACGUGGGCGACAAUCGCAUCACUGACGACGCCGUUGAAGAUGCACUUUGUGCACAUAUUCCAACAGGGUCAUUGCGGGCAUCCGCCUCCUCGCGUGCUGACGCAGAGGGCAGAGUGGCGCCACACGCGGCGUACUCAUCCACGUACGACACGAAUCUGAACGCUGGCGCCGAUGGCUAUGGUGCCUUCUACACAAUCGAGGAAUCUCACAAUAGUGUCGAUUUCAGUCAUCCCGAGAGAUACUUUGGUGAUGCGCCAACAUAUCCACCCCCAGCGCAGGGCUCACACGACCAUGGCGAAGCCCCUCCAGUCUACUCGCAAACCGUCGAUGCACUGGGAGAUACGUCCGCCCUCCAGAGGGCUGAUGGGCUACAAGUGCCCAAGCUAGACAACGCCGAUGGGGCCAGUGCCAUUCUCCAGCAAGACGCAAACACCAUUGAGAACUAUCUCGGUAGCCAAGGACUUACCCACGUGAGCCUCUCCAACACAGGCGUGACAGGCCCCGGUGUUGAGAGGUUGGUGCGCCUCGCCCAGGGCCACAUUGAAUACCUUGCACAUGACUCGAUGCCGCUGCUCCGGCGGCGGAUCGAUAGCUCGCGGCUCUGGCCUAGCGGCGGCUCUUUGCGAGGUAUCCUAGGUGGAGCCUACGUAUUCCGACCUGUUUUCUCAUCCAACCUUCGUUCUCUCAGGAUUCACCAUUCACUUGUCACUCAUAUUCCAGACCUGCAACAUGAGAAUUUUUCCGCGCGCGCCAGUAUAUACCUGGUGGAGAAUCUGAUUCUGCCGCGUAUCGACACACUCUUCCCCCAGGCCUUUGUCCCAGACAUGAAUCCUCGACUUACAUCAAUGACCUUGACCUGCGUACCGCGAAGAUCGUCGGGGCCCCUGGUGGAGAGACUAGUGGCUUUCAUCAAACUGCUAUCUAUCCAGGAGCGCAACAUUCAGGACACGGCUGUGUGUUGCUCGUCGUCACUACGUGGACCGGGAAUGCUCAAGGGUCUGCGACAUCUCAGACUAGAGUUUGCGCCAGAUCCCAUGGAGGAAGAUGUGUCGUUAGAGGAAGACGACGAGGGCUUCAGUUUCUUUGACAAUACAUGGGCGACGGCCGGCACUGAGAGGUCGGGGUCUGGAUAUGUGCAUUCCAGUGCGGAUAGGAGUGACUCUGGCGAUUCGGUCCGAAAUGACGAAGACCGUAUUAUCCAUGAGUGGGACUGGCAUCCCCAGUCAUCGGCUGGCUCCAAGAGGCACACCCUGAGCUUCAAAGACAAAGUGUGGAUUGGCAAAAAGCCGUCGGGACUUGGUGAAGCCAUCGACACGUACCGGAGGUUGGUCUUGGAGCGUGGUCUCAGAGAAGGCCUCGGGCCAGCAACGCCGGGCCAAAUCAAGACUGGUGUACCUGCGGGCGCUCUGGUCUUCCAUACAGCGUGGACUCUGGCCGUCAUGCCACCCAGUCUACCAGCACCACCGGUAGCUGCCCUGGCUGGUCAGCAGGACGUGCUAUCGGCGCUGAAGCGGUAUCGCCUCGACGGACGGCGCAGGUACGCCGACGCGAGACAGCGGGACGGGGCCGUGGUCAGGUUGGGGGCGCCGCAUUUCUUCUGGACGGGACAGCUCGAGGUAUCGACCUUUGACCCGGCACUGCACUCUCGCCCGCGGUGGCAUGAUGGCACCAAGUAGGUUGUGUGAUGCACCUCGGUGAUUCAUAUGACCGCAAUGGCAGCUGGCAGGCCACGCAAUCGUACUAUGAGCGAGUAUUCGCCUAUGAUCUGAGAAAACACGCUCAUUUUCCCGCCAAUCCUCGAGUUGGCGAAUCUAACGUGGUCUCCAGCGUGCAGGCCCCCGCCUCGGCAGAUGUGCCUCCGGGGUCCCCACAUUCUAC